ACACACACACACACACACAUCAACCCGUAGACUUCGAACCGGAGCCAGCGGGGGGGAGAGAACGGUGCUACGGAGGACGGGCACCGGACGCGAGGCUUCCAGCGGCGCGACGGCCGAGUCGAUGGCGCUUGUUUCUAAAGUUGGACAACGGUGAUCGCCCCCCCCGGAGAGAGAGAGAGAGAGACGUUAGAAAGUCGAUCUAACGGCGAUGAAUGCGGUGUCACCCGCGAGGGAAGAGGACGGGGGGAGAGAGAGAGAGAGAGACGGAGUGGACUCGCCGUUCCGCACCCGAUGGAGGCUGUCGGGACCCUCGCCGUGAGCCGGAGGCCCGGGACGUCACCUGCGAAACGUCGACACCGCGUCGGAGGGCGUCUUUAAAGGACGAGAGCUCGCGCGCGCGCGCGCACACCUGUCCGCUCCUGCGAGAAACUCACCUGAGAACUUCGUAGGAAAAAAAAAAACCCCAAAAAAGUUUGCAGGUCGGCGUUGGCCGCGGGAGGCGGUUCUCUCCCCCCCUUUCCCUCCCCCCCCUUCCCGGACGAGAUGCCAAUCAUAGGUGACACUUAACGGGAGGUUAUUCUGCGCCUCAGGUAACCGGACAGCGUCGUCAUGUCACUCAAAGACAAUUCAUGUCGGAAAUUUCAAGCCAACAUUUUCAACAAAAGCAAAUGCCAGAACUGCUUCAAGCCCAGAGAAUCCCACCUGCUGAACGACGAAGACCUGAACCAGGCCAAGCCUAUAUACGGGGGCUGGUUGCUGCUGGCACCGGAGGGGACAAACUUUGACAACCCGCUGCACAGAUCUCGGAAAUGGCAGCGGAGGUUCUUCAUCCUGUACGAGCACGGCGUGCUGCGCUACGCUCUGGACGAGAUGGUGAGUGCUGCUGAACGCGGGUUCCCGCGCCAAGGCCGCGUCGUCUCGGUCGAACCAAACCCCCCCGAUUGCUUCUCUGUGUGACCUCACCUCCCAUUGUGUCCUUCCCUCCUCCCCGCCGACCCAAACCCGCCCCCAGGAGCCCGGCCCGGCCAAGGUGACGGUGACCAGCAGCGCCGGAGGAGGCCUCCCGUGCCUCCCCGGCGCCGAGCGCGUGCCGAUGAGCCGCUCCUCCCUGUGGCAGGAGGAGCACCGCUGGAGCCGGGCGGCCAUCCCCUGCAGCCGCAGCGCCUCCUGCGUCAGCCAGCUGAGCCAGAGCCGGCCGGACGCCCGCGUCGCCGCUCAAGACGAUGGCGGCACCGUGAGCGCCGGACGCAAGGCGCGAGUGGAGAGCGGUUACUUCUCCCUGGAGAAAACCAAGUCGGAACCUCCCCCGCAACACCAGCCGCCCCAGCAUCUGCCCCUGUCCUCCUCGGCGUCUUCCUCCUCUUUGGGAGCACUCAGUCCCAGGUACAACUCUGAGUCCGAAUCCCGAGCUUCCCCUUGUCAACCCUCCCAAGAUCCUUUCCCUCCUCCAGGUGCACUGGUUUCCCCGAGCUCCUCCUCCUCCUCCACCAUCAGCUCCUCCCAGAGCUCGCUGGAUUCCGAACCCAGCGGGCCUCCACCUGCCUGGGAGGCACGCGAUGGUGGCGGUGGUGGUGGUGGUGGUGGUGGAGGAGGGAUUUCUAGUGUCAGUGGUGGUGGGGGAGGAGGCAGAGGGGGCCGGCCGGGCUCUGAGUACGCGGCUCUGUCCGACGUGCCGCGGGCUCGCCGGCUCAGUCACCGCGAGGCCUUCCGCUCUGACAAAAAGCGCCAGGAGCUGCGGGCGCGGACCCGGAGUCCCGGCCGGGAGGAGGUGGCCCGGCUGUUUGGGGAGGAGCGCAGGCGUUCUCAGAUCAUUGGCCGAUUUGAGGAGGGUCCGCCUGAGGAGCGCAUGGACACGAGUACCUCCAGCGAGCCCUGCGCUGACACGCCGCUCACCCAGAGACAGGGACGCAGCGAGAGGCGCUACCUGGCUAACAAGCAUGAGAUUUCGCUGGAUGCAGGGAAGGACCGCUCGGGUCCUGAUGUGUCCGGCUCCACUUAUGCUAAUUUGAGAAGAGCCAAGUCGCUGGAUCGCAGAGUCACCGAGUCGGCGAUGACUCCGGAUCUGUUGAACUUCAAGAAGGGAUGGAUGACGAAGCUGUACGACGAUGGAAUGUGGAAGAAACACUGGUUUGUCCUCACGGAUCAGAGUCUGAGGUACUACAAGGACUCGAUAGCCGAGGAGGCAUCAGAACUGGAUGGUGAGAUUGACCUCUCCACGUGUUAUGAUGUCAAGGAGUUCCCCGUCCAGAGGAACUAUGGCUUCCAAAUCCUGUGUAAGGAGGAAGCGUGCACCCUGUCGGCCAUGACCUCUGGAAUCCGUCGCAACUGGAUCCAGGCCAUCAUGAAGAACGUGCGACCCACCAUCGCUCCAGAUGUCACCCGGAAAAACAUCUCUCUGAAACUUUCCGUUCUGAAGCCCAGGUCCCUCGCCGAUGAGAAGGCGUUGGCCCAUGUGACGUCGGAGCCGUGUCCACAGACCGCCGCCGCCGAGCCGAGCCCCAGUCCAGAGGCCCCCGAGUCGCACGCCCGCCGGCAGCCGGGCAGCGACGCCUCCUCCCCGUCCUUCGAGCCCCGGAAAAGCAGAGUUCGUGAGCGCAGGCGAGAGGGUCGCUCGAAGACCUUUGACUGGUCCGAGUUCAAAGCGGAGCGGACGGAGAGGCCGCCGAAGGACCGGGCGGACACCGUCGACCUCAGCUCGUCCUUCUCCCCGGCCUCCUCUUACUGCUCUCCUUCCUCUUCGCCUUCGUCGUUGGCGUCCUCUCCCGUCUCCGCCUCCUCCCUCCCAGCCUCUUCUGCGUCGGCGCUGGAAGCGGAAACGGAGAGGGGGCCCAGUGCAGCCGGUGCGACCCACAGGCCAAAUAGUGUUACCGUCACCGUGACCUCCGCGCUGAACACGCCGCCGCCGCCGCCGAUGCGAGGAUGCAAAGAGCACGCAAAGAUGGAGGUGGACCGUCCCGCCGGUGAAGACCAGCGGGACGCCGGAACCUCGGUGGUGCGAGAAGAGAUCGAGCAGCGAUGGCAUCAGGUGGAGAGGACGCCGCUGAGGGAAGAGAAGCAAGUGGCGAUCAACACGGCUCCGGGAAACUCUGACCGGCUGCCGGCGCACGAGCUCGCCGCCCUGCUGGACAAAGAGUUGGGACAGAAGCAGCAGGAGCUGGACAGGCUGCAGAGGCAAAAUGAUGUUUUGAAGGAGCAGUUGGGAGAUGCUCUAGGGAAGGAGCAAAGUGCCAGAGACGGCUAUGUGCUGCAGAACGCGACGCCGUCCUCCUCGUCGGCGCACCGAGCGCCGUGGCAAUGCCUGCGCGGCCUAAAUCAAGAUUUGCAGGGCGAGCUGGAGACACAGAAGCACAAGCAGGACCUCGCUCAGCAGCAAAUCCGAACGCUGAAGAGGAGCUACACGGAAGCCCAGGACGCUGUGGACCACCACGAGGCCGGCGUUCAGGCGCUGCGGUCCAAACUGGCGUCCGCGAUGGCGGAGAUCUCGGCCAGUGAACAGGCCGUGGCCCGGAUGCGCAACGAGCUCAAGCUGGAGCAGAGGCGCUCCCGGGAGCAGGAAGAGGAGCACGGCCGCGGCGAGGCCACCCUGCGAGCCCAGCUGAAGGACAGCGAAGACCGGCUGCGUGACGUGGAGGCCAGCCUCCUGGAGAGAAACCAGGCCCUGAGGCACCUGGAGCACCAGCAGGCCCUGCAGCGAGACCACGCCAGGGAGCUCCACCGGCUGCAGGAGAGGCUGCAGGAGGUCAUCGGGCGGCUGAGUGCCACCGAAGAGGCUCACGCGCUGAAAGAGGAGCGCCUGAGGAGGGAGCAGCACGGCAUGCGGGAGAGCCACGAAAGCGAGCGGCGGAUUCUGUGCGGGAGAUUGGCCGAGGCUGAAGCGGCGCAGGCGGAGACGAAGAACCGGCUGCUGGAGGCCGAGCAGCAGGUGGAGGCCCUGUUGAGGGGGAGGCAGGCGGGCUCCGGGGGGCAGGAGGUGCCGAAAUUGCGAGAAGAGCUGGCCCAGAAGGCCGACGCGGCGGAGUCACUGAGGGAGAGCGUGCGCAGGCUGGAGGAGGAGAAGGGCCACCUCACCUGCCGCUGUCAGGAGCUUCUCAACCAGAUCGCAGAAGCAGACCGAGAGGUCAGUAAGCUUCGCAGCCGCCUGGAGACGGAAGAGGCCGACUACUGCACGCUGGAGCACUCGUAUGAGAGGGCCACCCAAGAGUUUCAGAAAAUAAGCCAGGUCCUGAGGGAAAAAGAGGACGAGAUCCGGCAGACCAAGGAGACGUACGAGCGGCUGGUGGAACGUAAGGAAGAGGACUUGAAAGAGGCCCUCGUUAAAAUGGCUGCGCUCGGCUGCAGCUUGGAGGAAACGGAACACAGGCUGCAAGCAAAGGAGGAGCUUCUUUGUCGGCUGAGUCCAAGUAUCUUAGAGACGGUUGAGCCUUGUGGUGCUGAGAAAGACCUGAAAGCCAAGCUCGUGGUCGCAAAGGACCGCAUAGCCGAGCUGGAGCAGCAUCUCAAUGCCCUGCAGCUGGGAUACGCCGACCUGCGCGCGGAAAAGCCCCAAAUCCCGGAGCAGAGCAAGAAGUCGAGGCUUAAAACGUCGGCCUCCUUAUCAGCCGACAGAGAGCUCUCCCUCCCCUUUGACAAUGCGUCAAACACGGAUAACUUCCCCGACGAUAAAGAGUCUCAAGCCAAGAGACCCAGGAUCCGCUUUUCCAGCAUUCAGGGCCAGAAAUACCUGAACCUAGAGGGCCUGGACGCCAGCCAUUUCAGCGAAGACCUCGGUCCACGCGAGGGACAGACGUCCUCUGAAACCGCCUCGCAUCAGAGUAGCGACCCGGAGAAGUUCCUCUCCAUCAUACGUUCCCUGGAGGCUAAACUGCUCGCCACCGAGAAUAAACUCCGCGACCUCACGCGGCGUCUGGAGGAGCAGCGCCGCACCCGAGCAGAGGACGCUCCAGAGCCCGAAUCGGCGCGCGGGAGUGGUAGCGCUGCCGACGAGCGGUAUGCCAGCGCCCUGCUGUGCGUGGAGAACAGCAGGGAGAAAGUCGGCGCGAUCCUCGGCGGCGCCGGUGGCGCCGAGUCGCAGCUGCACUCGUUGUCGGCGAUCGAGAGGGAUUUGUUCAGCGCGUCGCUGUACAUGCGACAAGGACAUGAGACAUGGGGACAGCGAUCCCCCCCUGAGCGUCAAACCCCCGAGGCUCUAGAUGGGGAAGCUCUGCGGCUCUUUGCCCAAACGCUGUCGCUUGAGGCGGUCGUCUUGAACAAGAUGGCUUCGUUACUACAGACGUCCAAGUCCGACGUCUUGCAUUCUCUCGCUGACGUGUGGGAGGACGUAGGGGACAUUAAAAGGGCGGACAAAGGUUGCUUGGCUGUAGUUUAUGCCGAUGCCUUGACCACAAAGUUGAUGUUAGAGAGUUCCUUCUGUAAAGAAUUGGAAAAAGCCAAGACGGGCGACGCUGAAUCCAGAGCGAGCGUUUCCGCCGACGUAGAUGUCGAUGCUGCAGUUGUCUUUAACACCGUCGUGAAAGCGGAGCUGGCCUACUCUAUUCACGAGCUCAAAGUUUGCUACGAGGAUGAAUUAAAAACACUAAAAGGGGAGUUGACGCUGGCCCACGACAACCUGCAUCACAGGGAAGAGGCUCUGAAGGCGAUUAUUGAGGCUUCCAAAAGUCCCGAUUUGAAAAAUGUAAUAAAAGAAAUCAAAAACGAGUUUGGGUUCAGCAGACCGAGAUUAGCCGACGUCACCCCCCCCGAACUGGCCCCCUACGUGGAGCACAUUGAGAUGGAGGAGGCCAGAGGCUCGGCCGAGGAAAUCGUAGACCGGCACCUGGCGGCCGAAACGGCAGAAACUCGCGGCGCCGAAUCGAUCGGAUCGCUGCGCAGCGCGCACGAGCGCCUGGCCGACGAGCUACAAAGACAAGCGGCCGUCCUCCACGCGUGUGCCCAGGAGAUAGAGCGGGGCGGAACCCGCCCGGGCCCGCGCGAAAUGCUCCACGGCGCUCUAGCCCAGCAGAGCUCGCGCCCUUUCACGGGCGCCUCUCUCUGCAUGCGCGACGCCCUGGUCCAGGCCCAAGUGGCGUACGUGGCGUGCAGGCUGCGGGCCCUGCACCAAGAAGACCUGGGCCGCUGCCGGCGGGCGGGCCGCGACAUGAGCGCGCUCGUCCAGCAGCACGCCGGCGACGUCGCCGCCAUCCACGAGCGAUACCAGGCGGCCCUCGAGGGCGAGCGGCAGAACUUCGCGCGGACCGCGGCGGCUCUGCAGAAGGAGAACCAGGCGCUGAAGAGCGAGAUCAGCAAGCGCGUGAACCAGCUCUCCCAGCAGCAGAAGCAACUGGCUCUCCUGGAGGGCCGCUAUAAGAAGGAGGCCGAGGAGCUGAGGCGACGGCACGCGCAGGAGCUGAGCCGAGCGGAGAAGGGCCGCGCCUCCGCCGAGCUGGCCCUCGUGGAGACGACCUCGGACAGUCGGCGCGAGCUGGAGGUCCUGCUGGCGGACGCGGGCGCCGCGGAGGAGCGGCACGAGGGUCGCGUGGGGGAACUGGAGGAGCGGUUUGAACAGAGGAUCUGUGAGCUCCAGCGCGUCCACGAGCGGGAGAUGGAAAAGUUGAGUUCACAAUACAUGCGAGACAUUCAAGGCGUCCAAAGGGACCAGGAGAAGAUAAAGGAGCCUCGGGUUCCCCGCUCGUGCCCCGGAGACGAGGCCGCCACGCCGAUGGAAGAGGAGGAGCAGGGGAGCGGGGAGGACGCGGAGCUGGACUCCAUGUUGGUUCUGAAGGGCCGCGUCCGGGAGCUGGAGGCUCAGAUGAGCACCAUGAGGGACGAACUGGAGAACAAGCACCUAGAAGGAGAUGUGGCCAGCCUGAGAGAGAAAUACCAGAGAGACUUUGAGAGUCUUAAGGCCACGUGUGAACGCGGCUUCGCCGCAAUGGAGGACACGCACCAGAAGGUGGUGCACGACCUCCAGAGGCAGCACCAGAGGGAGAUUUCCCAACUCAUGGAAGAACGAGAGAGGCUGCUGGCCGAGGAGACGGCCGCCACAAUCGCCGCUAUUGAAGCGAUGAAGAACGCACACAGGGAGGAACUGGAGAAGACCCACCGCUCCCAACGGAGUGGAUUGAACUCUGACAUUGAUGAACUUCGCUUGCAAUACGAGGAGGAGCUGCAGUCCAUCCACAGAGAGCUGGAGGUGCUGUCGGAGCAGUAUUCCCAGAAGUGCUUGGAGAACGCCCACCUGGCCCAGGCGCUGGAGGCCGAGCGGCAGGCGCUCAGGCAGUGCCAGCGGGAGAACCAGGAGCUCAACGCUCACAACCAGGAGCUAAACAACCGACUGACCACAGAGAUCUCUCGGAUGCGCUCCUGUUUCAGUGGGGAAACGGCGCUGUCGCCUCUUACUCAGGGCAGCGACGUGUACGAGCUGGAGGUGUUGCUUCGAAUUAAGGAGUCCGAGAUCCAGUAUCUCAAGCAAGAAAUCCACUCUUUAAAAGACGAGCUGCAGUCCGCCCUGCGGGACAAGAAAUAUGCCACGGACAAAUACAAGGGCAUCUACACGGAGCUGAGCAUCGUGAAGGCAAAGGCCGACUGCGACAUCGGCAAGCUGAAGGAGAAGCUGCUCGUCGCCACUGAAGCUUUAGGCGAGAGGGCUGUGGACGGAGCGGUCCCGUCUGGAUACGAUAUCAUGAAAUCAAAAAGUAAUCCAGAUUUCCUGACAAAUGAACGAUCAACAACCUCCAAGCAAUCAAGAGGCAUAAGGUCAAAGAGCCUGAAAGAGGGACUAACCGUGCAGGAGCGUAUGAAGCUUUUUGAGGCAAAAGAUUCCAAAAAGAUUUGAUUAUUAAGAAUUCAACGUUUUAUUUCUCCUUGCUGACCUCGUUUUUUUGGUCAGAGUGCUUCAGCUUCUAUUGGACUAUUAUUGGAAUUGGAAAUACAUUUAUCAAGAUCGGUUAUAAACUUGGACGUGCUGCUUCCACGCCUCCCGUGAACUACCGCCAGCUUUUUGUCGUUUCUUCCUUUUCAUUAAUUGAGAAAUGUUUUAUUGAAUCAAUCCUGUAGGUUUCUUUAAAGACAAAUCCACAGAUGUGUAAUCUAUCCAAUAGAUGUGUCAAAUAAGCUGCGAGAGGGAUACGUGACAGCAAUUUAUACUGAUCUUCCCAGGAUGCCAAAAUAGACAGCAAUACACACUAUGAAAAAUAUAUAUUUCCCAAUAUUAAGUAUCUGCUGUAUUUUAUUAUUGUUGCAGUUUCUAAAUCUUAUCCUUUUAAUGUGUGUAUUGUCCUGUUGUACAUAACUACGGGAUAUGUGGAAGAGUAUGGCUUGCUAUUGAUCGUUGGCUUGCUAUUGAUCGUUGGGGUAUCUGCUGUACAAUUACUAUGGUUUGGUUGAUAGUGGAAACAAUGUGAGCGUUUUCUAAAUU